CUGUUCAUACUGGAUGACAGCAAUGCCGUGCUCCUGCCAGAUCAUGCUUAGUUUUUUUCCACCAAAGUUUGAAACCAAUGAGAUGUCAUUGUGGAUGGAGCUUCCCAGACCAAUGCAUUAAAAAUAGAGACUAAGUGACUGAUGAAAUGUUAAAUGGAUAUUACAGUAUAUGACAAAUCCCUCAGCUUCAAGGAAAACCAUAAAAAGCACUGGAGUCAUGAGAAUAUGAGGCAUGUGCUCUCAGCCUUACGCCCUUCAGCUGGACAGAGCACAUAAACGGAUUGAAUUGUGAUCUCUGACACAAUUUCACCUUCAAUAUCUCCGGAAACUUUUCACGUUUGUUCUGGUGUUAAGGCUGAAAUAUAAUAAAAAGAAACAAGUUCUAAUAAUUAUAAUUCACUAGUGCAUUUUAUUGAUCUUCAUCGCAGAAAUAGUGUUUUAAAUGCAACAUGACACAUUUACAAACCGUUUUGUUUUUGUGAUGUUACAAUUUAAGUGAAAUGAGACAUUCAAUGAGAAAAAUGUAGAUUGUGAUUUAAUUUUGCGUUGUAAAUGGUGGGCAUUUCAGAAUUUGCAGCCAGUUGUAAAGGACUACUGCACCUACUGCUUAUAAGGGCAAAAGAUUAAAAGACAAUUUUUUUUUUAAAGGGGUCAUAUAAUGCUACAUGCACUUUUACAAGUUGUUUGAACUGAAAUGUGUGUUGGCGGUGUGUGUACACAACCACCCUAUAAUAAUAAAAAUCCACCCAGUGUUUUUUUUGUAAUCUCGUUAAAUCUUUACCCCUUUCUCGAAUCGAGCCGUCUGUCUGCGUGGAAGCCCCGCCCACGAUUGUUGAUUGACAGAAGCUUUCAGCACAGACUGCACUGGAGUCUUACCUCAGACCCGCCCUGAGUGAGCUGUCAUCAGCUGCUUCACCGCCGGAGCAGAUGUAGACCAGAAUGACUCCUGAGCGAUCGAGGUGUUGUGUUGUUGGAUGUAAUAAUGAACAUAGCAGUCGUCAUUUACUCCCGUCAUCUGAGCCGCUGAAGAGGAUUAGGUUUGGUUCUGAAGGGAAUGCGCCCUCCAUCUACAUUAAUGCGUCUAUGUUCGUGCGAAUCAUUCGUGAUCCAGCUUCACCUCCAGAAGAAUCACCCCUGAUCUGUCUCCAGAGACCCUUCCUCUCGCUGCACCUCGACCCCCAGCAGCCACCGCCGUCCCGCGAGCGCACCGCAAGCACAGCGAGGGCCACAGCGGGCAGCCGGCGCGCGGCAGCAUGGAGGUGGGCAUGCGCGUGGUGCGCGGCGUGGACUGGAAGUGGGGGAACCAGGAUGAAGGAGAGGGGCACGUGGGCACGGUGGUGGAGAUCGGCCGGCAGGGCAGCACCACCACGCCCGACAAAACUGUGGUGGUGCAGUGGGACAGCGGGACGCGCACCAACUACCGCACCGGAUACCAGAGCGCCUACGACCUGAUGCUGUACGACAACGCACAGAUCGGUGUCCGACAUUCAAACAUCAUCUGUGACAGCUGUAAGAAGCACGGCAUCAUGGGAAUGCGCUGGAAGUGUAAGGUGUGUUUCGACUACGACCUGUGCACUCAGUGUUACAUGAACAACAAGCACGACCUGAUGCACGCCUUCGAGCGCUACGAGACGGCGCAUUCGCACCCAGUGAGCUUGACACCAAGACAGAACCUGUCCAGAAUCAUCCUGAAAGGAAUCUUCCAGGGGGUGAAGGUGGUCCGGGGGCCCGACUGGGACUGGGGCAACCAAGACGGAGGUGAGGGGAAGGUUGGGAAGGUGGUGGAUAUUCGUGGAUGGGAUCAGGAAUCGGGUCGUAGCGUGGCUAGUGUCACCUGGUGCAAUGGAACCACAAACGUGUACAGAAUGGGCCACAAGGGCAAGGUGGAUCUGAAAUACGUGUCGGAUGUGCAAGGAGGAUACUACUACAAGGAGCAUCUGCCCAAAUUAGGCGAGCACGCGGAGCUGCAGCGGCAGGAGAGCGCAGACAGUCACUCGUUCCAGCAGGGUGAUAAGGUCAAGUGUCUGCUGGAGGUGGAUAUCCUCAGACAGAUGCAGGAGGGUCACGGCGGCUGGAACCCAAAAAUGGCAGAGUACAUCUCCAGAAUCGGCACCGUGCACAGGAUAACGGACCGUGGCGACGUGCGAGUCCAGUACAGUAAUAACAUCCGCUGGACCUUCCACCCCGGAGCCCUGACCAAGGUGAACACGUUUGCCGUGGGUGAGCUGGUGAAAGUGCUGGAUGACAUUGACAAUGUGAAGAGACUCCAGGUGGGCCAUGGAGAGUGGACAGACAGCAUGGCUCCAGCUCUGGGUCAGGUUGGGAAGGUUCUGAAGGUGUAUGCAGAUGGUGACCUGCGCGUGGCGUUCGGAGGUCAGACGUGGACAUUUAACCCCGCGUGUCUCUCUGUUCAGCCUGGCGAGGUCGACGCCAAUCUGAUGACAGCUGAGAGCUCCAGCGAAUCAGGAAGCACGGUCAUUUCAGUCCUGGAGAAGCUGCUCUCUCAGUCCACAGAGCAGGAUCAUCCGGGCCGGCUGGUUAUCGAGGCGGCACAUGGGAACGCCGUUAAAGUGCGGGAACUGGUACAGAAACACCCUGAAAAGGUGGAUAUUAAGAACCAGGGGAAGACGGCUCUGCAGGUGGCCGCCCAUCAGGGGCACAUGGAGGUGGUGAAGGUUCUACUUCAGGCCAACAGCAGCAUUGAAACUAAAGAUGAGGACGGAGACGCUGCGUUACACUACACAGCGUUUGGGAAUCAGGCAGAAAUCGCACGCUUGCUGCUCAGUAAAGGAGCCAGUGUGAACCUGCUGAAUAACUCCAUGUGUUCAGCGCUGCACAUCGCUGUCAAUAAAGGCUUCACGGAUGUGGUGAAAGUGUUGACUGAGCACUCUGCAGACGUCAACCUGCAGGAUUCAUAUGGAGAUACACCCUUACAUGAUGCCAUUGCCAAAGACUUCAGGAGCAUCAUUGAGAUUCUGACUGUGGUGCCCAACAUCGAUUUCACGCAGCAGAACAACCGCGGCUUCAACCUGCUGCAUCACGCCGCUCUGAAGGGCAACAAACUAGCGACAGAGAUGAUCUUGGCUCGAGCGCGACAGCUGGCCGAUGUUAAGAAGGAAGAUGGUUUCUCUGCUCUGCAUCUGGCCGCCUUGAACAACCACCGGGAUGUAGCUGAGAUUCUCCUCAAAGAGGGUCGCUGUGACAUCAACAUCCGCAACAAUCGUAAUCAGACGCCGCUGCAGCUGGCCGUGACUCAGGGUCACGUGGCUCUAGUGGCCCUGCUGGUGACGGAGGGGGCAGACGUCAACGCAGAGGAUGAGGAUGGAGACACGGCCAUGCACACGGCUCUCAGCCGCCAGCAGCUGGCCACCGUCAUGAGCAGCGGCGAGGGUGAAGGAGCGGUGCUCUACGGCAGGUUGUGUAGCUCAGGGCUGAUGGGAAACACGGAGCUGAACGUAGGAGCUGCUAUCGCCUGCUUCUUGGCACAGGAAGGGGCCGAUAUCAAUUAUGCCAACCAUAAAGGUAAAAGCCCGCUGGACCUGGUUACAGACAGCAGCGUACAAACUCUCAUCAGGAGCUUCGCAGAAAAACACAGGCUUCAAGCCGUCACGAGUGGCACAGGCACCAGCAGCAGCAGUCUCAGGCGAGUACACACUACGCCCAACACCAUGACCAACCUGGCCAUGCCCAGCGUGACGGGCCCCAGCGAGUGCCUCAUCUGCUCCGAGCUCGCGCUGCUGGUGCUGUUCUCUCCAUGUCAACACAGCGUCGCCUGUGAGGAAUGUGCUCACAGAAUGAAGAAAUGUAUCCGGUGCCAGGUGACAAUAACAAAGAAAAUUCGACAAGACCAGACGGAGGUGGAGUGCAGCCCCAGCUCAGAGAACUCGGAGAAGCACAACCUGCUGGAGCAGCUGCAGUCGCGCUACCGGCAGAUGGAGGAGCGCAUCACCUGCCCCAUCUGCAUCGACAACCACAUCAAGCUGGUGUUCCAGUGCGGCCACGCUUCCUGCAUCGACUGCAGCGCCGCGCUCAAGACCUGCCCCAUCUGCCGGCAGACCAUCCGCGAGAGGAUCCAGCUGUUCGUCUGACGUCGCUCCUGUUUGUGCUUCAUAGUCUGUCCUGUCCUGAGCCUCAUCAUUCAGCCACGAAGCAGGACCGCGAUCGCUGGAUGGCCAGCCAAUGACUGCGUUUGGGGACCUGGUUUUGGAUCGGUGUAGUCCUCUGAGUAGCAUGUGGACAUCUGCUGCGACGACCGGUGAAACAUCCGCACCUACAGUAUUACCGAGUGAAGAGGAGUUUAUACACUUCGUGCCGCUGAAGAGCUAGUUUAUAGCGAACCGUAAAGCAUACCCAGCAUGCAACGUGAGCUGACGUGUGUCUCACGUCAAAGCAUCUCACAAAACCUGUCGGGACCUGGGCCAUAUUUCACACUAAAAUCCACAGGAAGAAAUCAUGUUGUGCAAGAAAAAGAAGAUAUUGAGAUAUUUAGCGCUGCAUAAAAUGAAUAGAUUUUCGAUGCUCAAAGCAUUAAGUGUUUAUGCAUCACGCUAGUACAGUAUUUGUUUUACUCUAGUUUUAAUUUAUGCCGUUUUUACAGAGAAUAUAAGGAAUAUUAAUUCUCCCAGAUUCAUAAUGUAAUUUAUUGUUUUUGUCCGUGUGAUUUUAGGGUGAAAUAUGACCUGGUUUGUUUCCAUCAGAUCCCACCGUAUAUGGUGAUCCAGGGCUUGCUGCUUCAAACACUAACUUCAUUCCAAGCCAAAUCUGAUGUACAUUAAAGUGCAGCGCUUCAUCGGUCGUGUCCCAGCGUCCCUGAGAAUGCCGUUCACGUUAUUUGCCGUCGUUUGUCCGAGGGUGAUGUUGUACAGAUGCCUGUACCGUACCUCUCGCAGAGCUUGAACUUACAGAAGCUUUCCACGAGCAAGAGAUAUACAUAAUGCAUGCUGGUGAGCAUAUUAUCUACGUCAUAUAUUGUGUCACGAAUACCAUAUGUAGUGUUAUAAGUGCAGACGACCUGUAAUUUCUACCCAUGUGUGAUAAUGGCUCUGUGUCUGUGCGAGGGUCCGACUCAAAGACCCUUGAUAACAAUAGUAGAUUCAUUUGUGGCAGCAAAGGUGCUGAAUGCUUCCUAUUACUAGGAGUUGUUUAGUUUUUCUCAGGUUCAUGCAAGUCAGUUCAACUCAAAAUGCAAGAAAUCUCCCUCUGUAAACUUUACUAAACGUGCAACCUUAUCCACUGGCAUUGCAUGACAUUAUAUAAAGUGUUUAUUAGCCUCAUAUCUCCCAAAGCAAUGCUUUGCCUAAAUGUAUUCUGAGAUUGACAUCACUUGUUUUGAACAUAAUGAAUUGGGAGCUCUUCAAGGUUGUAGGUGAUUGCACCGAUAUAAUUUAUGAUUUAAUGAAAUCAUCACUGCUGUCAGUAUUUACUUACCCCCAUGUCAUUCAAAACCCGUAUGCGUUUAGUUUGUGUGUGUGUGUGUGUGUGUGUGUGUGUGUGGAACACAGUAGAAUUUACGGAAGAGUCUGCAUACACGGUAACUCUUUCCCAUACACCAGGUCAAAUGUCUGUCAAGCUUCAAAAAAGGACCAUCAUCCAAAUUGUGCGAUGGUGGUGGUGUAAGGAUACUUAAAAAUGCUCGAUAAAAUGAAAUGCUUAAUGCUUAAAAAAUAAAUAAAUAAAUAAUAAUAAUAAUAAUAACAGCAGGAGUCUGGAAAGGAAUGAGGAUGAGUAAAUAAGAGGACCGUCAUUUUUGAGAGAACUACUUCUGUAACGAUUGUUGUAUUUCACCUACUAUUAUGAUGUGAAAAAUGUGUUAGAAUGGCAGUCGGGUGUGUUUUGUAAGAAAGUGUAUUUUACCAUUGUUAGCUGAAAUAAUAAUUUCAAUGUUCUCCAUAUCCAACGUGAAUUGGGCCUGUGAGUACUUCAGCGUCAGUUCAUAUUCUUCAUAAAGUCUAAUUGUCCAUCAAGUGUUUUUGUUCCAGAAGGGCUUUACUGUGUGCAUUACGGAGUUUAUUUACAUGUCAUUCUGUGAUGGGCUCUUUUUAUAGCUCCCUCUUUUGGGAUAGCCAACACAAACAUGUCGAUUUGAAUGUCUCGCUGUACGCCAACCGCUGCAGAGUUUUGCAGUUUGUGAGAAAUGCGAUGGCGGUAUUAGUGCCAAAAUUUGUCAGCGUGUGUGAGAGAGAAAACACACAUGCGUACAAGAACGCUGUGUCCCUAUGAAGCCUUUGUAAUGUUUUGAUUUAACUUGUCGGCCCCGUUACGGGGCUGGACGUUUUCUAAUUUGUUGAAAUUGAAAGUUUGUGUAGUUCUUUUGCUUUUUGGAUUAAGAGAACAGUGUUUUAAUGUGAAAGUCAGCCGUGACUUGUUAGAAUAGAAGGACGGUGUGUUGUCUAGUUUUAUUAGCUUAUCUGCUAACAGCUCACAAGACACAACAACUGCCCAUAAGCCAUCAGUUCUGCUCAAUAUACACUUGCUGUUUAGUGCAUUAUUUCUGUUUGUGUUAGUUAUUGUAAGUAUCCUGACAUUGCAAUAUGAUGUAUAUGGCAAAAAUGCGCCAUAAAUGUACCAUCAUGCAUUGUGGCAUCAUUCACUGGCUCUAGAAUCAAAACUGACUACAUUUCUCCACUAGUGAAGUCAAAUUAACGUCAGAAACGGUGAAUUUAAAGAGAAACUCAGAAUUCAAUCACAAUGUUUUUGUUGUUGUUAUUUGAUGGUCUCUUCCAUGUAGAAUAUCGACAAUCCAGAAUUCAUCUAGAAAUGUCAAUUUGCUUUGACGGUUUUAAUAAUAUUGUUUGAGCUGUACAUAAUCAUCAUUCAGAAGUAAAAAUAUAUGUGAGUUGUCAGCAGGUAAGGGCAAACGCAUGAUAAUGAACUACAGAAAUGGUUUGCCGAGUUUUACUUUAAGGAAAGUGUAUUUUAAAUUAUUUAAGCUAAAAAAAAAAUGUUAAAAAUUGUUUAUACAGUUCAUUAUGUGGAGUUCGGAUGUUGGCCUUACUGUCCAUUUCCUAUAUUUAUUUUGUUGUUUUUGUCACCUUUUUUUUUUCCAAGUUUUACUCUGUAAAAAAUAUUUUGCAGUAAAUAUUGAACUGUUUUAUAAGCAUAUAUUUAUGGUUUCGUUUUUUGGGCGCUGUAGUGGCUGGAUCUAAGGAUCUUACCAAUGAAUAAAACUGACAAUGAA